GCGUUCCUGCCAUUGAGAGGAUUCUGUGUGCGGGGACUCGGGCGGAGUCGGUUUCGCUGUCGGGAAACGAGCUCAAUCAUUAAGUUAAAGUAUUUAAAAAACGUUCAAUUAGCGUGUUGUAAUUUAUCCUACUAAUGGAUGUUACUUCCCCGAAGACGCGUCGCAUAAGGUGUGUUUUAAUGCGGUUUUGGUGGGUGGAUUUGGUGUAGUGCUGUGUAAACUGGAGUUACGGGAAGCGAAGGAGAUUUUCUCGGCCCGGGUUUUCAUGAACGGGCCCCUUACAACUUACUAAAGUUCGCAGACAUACUUCAGUUUCUCUCUAUUUUCACCAUUCCCCGGUUCGAGUUACUCUGUGAGAUUCACAGGAUAAGGCCUUACACAGAUGGGAAGAGUGUGUAUGAAGCACCUUGAAGGUGCACCCAAUCAUUGGACUAUUAGUUUCACAUAAUAAACUCUUUGGGGGAAAAAAAUAAUGAUGAUAAUUUUUUGACUCUUGCCACUCAUCCUAAUAUUGGUUCAAAGAACCUUUGUGAGCAAUCAUUAUUGUUUUUGUGACGCCAAAAGUUUGAGACGACGCCAUCAAAAUGAGUGCAGAAGGAUAUCAGUACAGAGCGCUGUAUGACUAUAAGAAAGAGAGGGAGGAGGAUAUUGACCUGCAUGUCGGGGACAUUCUUACAGUCAGUAAAGGUGCACUACUUUCAGUUGGUUACACUGAGGGGAUGGAGGAGAGACCAGAUGAAAUCGGAUGGUUGCCUGGCUUUAAUGAAAGCACUCAGGAAAAGGGGGACUUUCCUGGUACGUACGUGGAGUUCAUCGGCAAGAAAAAGAUUUCACCACCAACUCCCAAACCAAGGCCCCCAAGGCCUCUACCGGUGGUCCCUGGGCCCGCAAGGCCAGACUCAGACUCUGAGCAAAGCUCGAGCGCUCUUUUAGACCUGACGGAGCAGUUCACUCCUCCAGAGGUAGCUCCGCCUGUGCUGCUCAAGCUCCUUGAGGUCAUCGAGAAGAAAGGUCUAGACAACCCUACGCUCUACAGAAACUUCACUGCUGGAGGAGGGCUGGAUGUCAGACAAUGCUUUGAUAGUGACCCUGCCUCGGUGGAUCUUGAUCAGAUGGACCUUCAGAUGUUGUGUGACAGUCUGAGGAGGUAUCUUCAAGAUCUACCUCAGCCUGUCGUUCCCUCUGUGGUCUACAGUGAGAUGAUACGCAUCGCUCAAGAAGUGCAGAGUACAGACGAAUGUGCACAUCACCUGCGGCUGGUGGCCAGCUCCUCUGCACUUCCUCCGCAGUACUGGCUAACCCUGCAGAGCUUGCUGCGCCACUUCUCUCGUGUAUGCCAGGCCUCAGCUGCCAACCUGCUUAGUGCUCGUGCCCUCGCUGAGAUCUUCAGCCCGACACUCUUCAGACAGCAGCCCACCAGCUGUGAGCCCAACCCAGAGGCACACAUCAGGAUAAUUGAAGUCCUGGUGACCAGUGAAUGGAGUGACAGUCAGGCGGCUCCAGCACUACCUCCCAAGCCACCUAAACCAACGUCUGUCACUAACAACGGUAUGAACAACAACAUGGCUCUGCAAGAUGCUGAAUGGUACUGGGGGGAUAUCUCCAGGGAGGAGGUCAACGAAAAGCUUCGGGACACUGCUGAUGGUACAUUUUUGGUCCGAGAUGCUUCCACUAAAAUGCAUGGGGAUUACACACUGACACUGAGGAAAGGAGGUAACAACAAGCUGAUCAAAAUCUUCCAUCGUGAUGGAAAAUACGGCUUUUCAGACCCUCUGACCUUCAACUCUGUGGUUGAGUUGAUCAACCAUUAUCGGCACGAGUCUCUCGCCCAGUACAACCCCAAACUAGAUGUGAAACUACUGUAUCCUGUGUCCAAGCACCAACAGGAUCAGGUGGUGAAGGAGGACAACAUUGAUGCUGUUGGGAAGAAGUUGCACGAAUACCACCAGCAGUACCAAGAAAAGAACAGAGAGUACGACCGACUCUAUGAGGAAUACACUAGAACAUCACAGGAAAUACAAAUGAAAAGGACUGCCAUUGAAGCUUUUAAUGAGACCAUAAAGAUCUUUGAAGAGCAGUGCCAGACACAAGAACGGUACAGCAAAGAAUAUAUUGAGAAGUUUAGGAGGGAAGGCAAUGAGAAGGAAAUCCAAAGGAUUAUGGUCAACUAUGAGAAGUUAAAAUCCCGCAUCAGUGAAAUUGUGGACAGUAAACGGCGUCUCGAAGAAGAUCUGAAGAAGCAGGCGGCAGACUACAGAGAGAUUGACAAGCGGAUGAACAGCAUUAAGCCUGACCUCAUCCAGCUCAGAAAGACCAGGGAUCAGUACCUCAUGUGGUUGACACAGAAAGGGGUCAGACAGAAGAAACUCAACGAAUGGUUGGGAAUCAACAACGACAACCAGGACGAUCAAUACUCAAUGGUGGAUGAUGAUGAGGAUUUGCCACACCAUGAUGAACGUUCCUGGAAGCUUGGUAACAUUAUCCGGAACCAGGCAGAGGCCCUUCUGCGAGGCAAGAGAGACGGAACAUUCCUGGUCAGGGACAGCAGCAAACCAGGAUGUUAUGCCUGUAGUGUUGUUGUGGAUGGUGAGGUCAAGCACUGCGUCAUCAACAAGACACCCACAGGAUAUGGCUUCGCUGAGCCCUACAACCUUUACAGCUCUCUGAAAGAACUGGUCUUGCACUACCAGCAUACAUCCCUGGUUCAACACAAUGACUCUUUGAAUGUCACGUUAGCAUACCCAGUCUACGCACACCAGAGGCGGUGAGGACUCGUGAACACACCCUUGGGACUCAUUAUGAACACGGGAGUUGAGAAAGGGCCUCCCCUCGAAUGGAGACGCCUCCAGUUAGGCUGCUACCGAGGGCUGCUUUUUGCCUUGAAUCGACCAUGUCGGAAAGACAAGAAAGCAAAACCCAAAACGAACAUUUCAGCCAGUCUGAAUGUAGUUUUCUUUAUUGAGUGGAAACUGCUAAAAUGUAACUCACUCUCCCAAAGUGGAGGACUUUGGAGGCCUUUUCCAAAUGGUGCUUGUUCAUUUCAAAGCUUUAACCGCUGCUGGAAUGUGGAACAUUGAUUAGACCCCCUUAUUUUUUUUUUUUUACCUCUUCUAACCCAUGACCUGCUCAGUUCAGGUCCUCACUUGGGUGUGUGUGUGUGUGUGUGUGUGUGUACGAGAGAAUGUGAUGUGACCAAAACUCACAGAAUCUGAAAGCUAUCGGGAUGUUCAACAUGAUGUGUUAAACUUUCACGAACAGACCAUGGAAUCAGCUGAUCAAAUGUAGCAAGAUGGCACUUUCAAAACAGUAUCUAUUAGUUUUCCUGUAAGAGACUCCUACAUGAACGUUGAUAUGACACGUCUCGCCUGAAAGGAGCCGCGCAAUGAGAAACGAAUGAGAUGCUUGGCAUUUCUUUUGUGAGCAUUAUAGUGACAGACUCUAAAUACAUUUCUGCUUUACGGACUGGAAAGAAAGGAACUGAAACGGACUUCACACUGUACAUACAGAUACCAUCAAAAGCUAUGUGACAAAACCAUAUUGUACCAAAAAAAAACGCAGUUCCUUCUCAGUUUUAUUCUUAUAUGCUAUGCAAAUUCUGUAUUUUCCAUCUUCUUUGCAAAGUUGUGAGUUUUAUUUUACAUGUUGCUACCAACAAUAUAAACUUGUUUUUAUUGCUUAAACUCUUUUUUUAGAUAUCUAAGAGGAUAUUUUAAGUGUCAAAACGCAGAGAAAGAUGGCUUCAGUUUUACAAAAGAAGUGAGGAAAAAGUACUUUUAUCACAUAUUUCUUUAUCAGCCGCUGGUAAAAUUAAAGAGAGAGUAUUUUAUCAGUCUUUUUCACUUGGAGCUGAUUUUCUCUUGGGCAGAGUCUGGAGGACAUUAGCGCUGCUUCUGUCUACAGUAAUGGUGAUAUAUAUAUAUAUACGUAUAUGAAUAUUUUCACUAGAGCAAACAUUAACGAAAAAAAAAACAUAACAUUUGAAAUAACUAAAUUGAAUUAUUAAUGUCAUUAACAAUACUGCAGGUUCCCAAACCAAUAUAGAGGUUUAUUUUAUGAUAUCUGUCCCAUAAUCAAGAGCGUAUUGAUUUGAUCCUCUGGAAUGAUGGAAAAAAGCAUUUCUUUCGGUGACUUAACUCCCUCUCAUUCCUUGUCAACAUAGUAUUUUUUUCUGUAUCAGAAAAUCCUUAAUGGCGUUUACAUAGAUGGAUCAACUCAGUUUGACUAGUACCCAAUGUUCUAGUUUGCGCCACGUUAUCUAAAACAAAAUUUUAUUACUUGAUUGCAACACAGUUAGGGGAACCCACCAGCUUGACAUUCUCAGAUAGCUACAGUAUUUGUGAUUUUAUCAUCAGUAAAUCAGUAUUGCUUUUGCCUUCCCCUCUCGUCUGCAUUGCAGUUACACUUGGCAAAUGCAUUUGAUGUUUUGCAUAAAUAAACAUCAAUAUGACACCAGUAAUAAUGUAAUUUUUCAUGUCACUUUUGUUGGUCAAACUUUUUGUUCCUAUAUUUUGAAUUUGUUUGACUCCUUGUUUUAACUAGGCCUGAUUGCCUUAAAAUAAGUCAGGUUUUUUGUUUUGUUUUUAAUGCAGACAGUACUGUUGAAUUUCACCAGUUUGAGUUUCUUGAGUAUUUGAACAUCUUUAAUAUAAGAUUUGCGAGAGGAAUGGCAAUUCUUGCAUUUUUCUGCCGUGUCUAUACGCACAAUUGUCCUACACUAUGUGACCCUGCCUGUGAAAACCCAGCUAAAGUCCAUUUUUUUGUGAUUUACUGGUUUCUACAUUUAUUUAUUUAAAAAAAAGAUGUAGAACAUUCUGUGAAAAUAUAACCUUUAUAUCUUUAAUAUUGACUGAGUAAGGCCAUGUCAAAGAUUGAAAUCAUAGUGAAAUUAAUGGUUGAAAUCAAACUUUGAUGCUUAUCUCAUAAUAAGAUUUUAAAACUUCAGCCUGGAUUUCACCCAACGAGUUAGCAUAUAGUUCUCAAAUGAUAAGAAGUGCUCUCUCGGAGUCACUGUUUUUUUCUGAGUAAACUAGAAUGUGGUUAUAAAUAUUUAAACUUCACAGGCCAGUUAUUUUUGAAAUUUUACUGCUUGUGAUUUUGAAAGUCUGAGAAUCAGGAAUCGAAGUUCACACAAUCUUAUUAUUUGUUGUUGCUUUUUUAUUGUACAUCUGCAAAUGUCACUCUAAGCCUACACACUCAAUUUCAAUGAAGAAAGCUUUCAUGGUAACUUAUCUGAGGCUUUUUUUUUUUUUUUUUUUUUUGUCUCCCCUUUCUUUGUUGUACUCUUCUUUUCAGUUGUCGCUGAAAGGCCUCAGACUUCCUUGUUUCACAUUAUCAUGGUAGUCCUCUUUCUGCAGCCCCUUAUCUCAGAAUUUCUUGCAUUUUGUGAAUCCAUUUUUUUUUUUAAUUGCAUAGCAUUGGUUUACAGACAUUGUUACCAGAAUGCUGAAAAUGAAAUUAACCAGUGUGUUCCAGUUCUAAAAAAUGCUUCAGAUCUGUAUUGGCUUUUUUUAUUUUAUUUUUUUUAUAAAGAUAAAUAAAAUGAUGUUUUGGAGACUAAAA